AUAACACGAUAAAUGCGCUUUCUUUUUGGCGAAGCCUUAAAUUCUAUCCAAUAAAGUUCUAAUUGUCCUUAAUUCCACAGACCAGCCAAUAAUCGACUGCCCGAUCUGCUACACCAGGAUCCAAAUACGGGGCCCUAACUACGUGAACGAUCUGCCUUCCAACUUGUAUAUAGAUUCCUUGUUGACUUACGUCGGCCUGGGCAAUGAUGCUGAAACUAAGAACCCUACGUUGUCUGCUCCUACCACUCCACCAGUUAAUGGUUCCACAUCAGGGCAGAGCGUGGAACUGUUCGCGGGAGGAACUAGGUGUUCUCAGUGCAAGACUGUGUGUGAUGCAGUCGAUGUGUGCAGCUGUGUGCAUUGUAAGAUGAGUUUCUGUCGUGUCUGUUGGGCCCAGCACUUGGAUGACAUGAGAACUCAAAUAGGAUCGAUUUUGAAGCAACUUGAAUCUGCUUCGAAUCGUCUGGAACAUAAAAGGGAGCAUUUUACUGAUCGUUGCGAGCGUAUAACAGAACAAAUAAAUGUAGCAGCAGAAGAGAAGAUCAGUGCCAUAAUCGCAGAGAAAGAGAAAUUGUUGAAAGAGACAGUUGAUCUGCAGAAGACUGGGGACCUCACCGCUCUAGCUCUGAAGACUUCGCUGGAGGAAGCAAAAGCAGUUGCCGCGAGGGAGAUGGCGGAUACCAAAACUGAUGAUGAGAGAAAGGUGGCAACCUUCGUGAACCUCCACCAAAACGCCUUGCAGAUCCUAUCAGAGGUUUCCAAGUGGGACACCGACAGUUUCGUGUUCGACAAAGAAGGGUUCCGCAUAGAGAUCGACUCGGCAACGCCUGUGGACGCGGAAUCGGAUGACCCGAUACCAGAGGGGGCUAAACAGAAUAACCCUCUUGAGAGCGAGGAUACACUGUUUCUGCAUUACAGGUCUCGCAACUUCGUCCCCCACUACGUUUGGCGUAAAGCGUCCAGACCAGGCGGUGUAGCCAUCAGUCCUUGGAGCGGGCACCUCUAUGUAUGCGGCAUGGACAUCCACUGUGUGCUUGUGGUAGAACGGUCCCAGGCCAAGGUCGUGAGGCGGCUCACGAAUGAGGACAUGCUGUGUCCUGUUCAGAUCGCGUUCAUGAAGAGCUUGGGAGAGGUGUAUGUGACUGACAAAUGGAAGCACUGCAUCCACGUUUUUUCCAAAGACGGCGAGUUCUUACGAACUGUGGGCCAGAAGGGCAGCCGCCCGGGUAUGUUCAGAUCGCCUGAGGGCAUCGCGACUGACAACGCGAACCAACUGCUGUAUGUGGUUGAUACGGGGAAUGAUAGGGUGCAAAUCCUCCAGCCCGAUGGAAAAUUCGUGGACCACCUCGGCGUAGCAUCCAAACUACAGCCUAUCAAUACUACCUCAGUCUGGACCUCAUCAGAGGUCAACUGCACCGAACUAAACGCACCUACCAGUGUAGCCGUCACAUCUGACCGCGUAAUCGUCUUGGACAGCGGAAAUAAACGCAUAAAGAUAUACAAUAAAGAGAAUAAGAGUAAAAUAAUAGAGUUCGGGUCUAUGGGUCAAAGGAAAGGGCAGUUCAGGCAACCAGAAGUACUAGCUGUCGACCCGUUAGGGUUCAUUCUAGUGGGUGAUUCAGGGAAUUGCCGCGUUCAAGUCUUCAAACAAAAUGGGCAGUUGGUAAGGGUCUUUGGAGGAGUAGGAUCAGCUCCAGGUAGAUUUGGCUGGAUAUCAGGCAUUUACGUGACCAAACAACUUGAUGUAAUUAUUAGCGAUACGAAGAACCAUUGCGUUAAUUUUUUCUGAUAUGAUUUGAUGAGAUUUCGUUGUGUUAACCAGUUGGUCAAUUUAUUUUUAGAUAAGUAGGUACUACGGGUUUUUGUAGUCGAUCCAGCAGUAAAUUACUAUUCUAACUAAUGACCGCUCGAUUUUGUAUAACGCCUACAGUGGUCCCAGGUUCUUAUCCCGCUGGGUAUGAUAGUGCAAAAACAUGAUUAUUGUUAAUAAUAAAUUGGUAAUAUUAGUGAAACACAGUAAUUAAUAACAAUAUUUUAUUAAUGGAAACAAAUUCCGAAAAUAAAAGUUACAAUGAUAUCUCUUACUGAUAUAGCACGAUCAUAUUUAUAAAUAAAGAUUUAGCACUAAAA